GAUUCUUGUUUGGUCGAUUCCCCCAAAGUAGUUCACUCUCCUCUCUCUACGGCCACCGUGUCUAGAUUGAUCACCCCCUGAGUGUGAAUCAUGUUUGACAUCCGUAUUCUACUCACAUGAGUGUGAAGGUUUAUCUUGGCCGAGCCACCUCUUAAAUACUCAUUCAUUACCGCUGUCAUCGGCGGACAUGACUUGUCUCUUUAUACACUGACCAUACAGAUUCCUCGCAGCGAGCGUAUAUCAUAUAAAAUGGAUUCUCCAGAACACGCACACUCGACUGGCUAUGCUCAUGUUGAUCCGACUGAUUGGCAUACAUUCACUCAACGUGCAGCGAACCCUCAAACUGACCACUCUGAGUCCACGAGACCGAAUGAACAGCAUCCUCCGCAGGAGCAUUUCUACCGUCCACGAACGUGUCGUAUCUGUUUUGAUAUAGUCCAGCCAACAUUACGCCCGCCUAUGGAGAGUUUGCCCGGUUUCCUUCAACCGAGACCGGAAGUUGUGUACGAGGAUGAAGCAGGGCGUCUCAUCCGACCAUGCAAGUGUAAGGGGUCAUCGAAAUAUGUACACGAUGGCUGUCUAGCUCAGUGGAGGAUGCGAGAUCCUACUAGCAGAAGGAACUUCUACGAAUGUCCCACGUGCGGCUUCAAAUACAAGCUUUCACGACUUGGAUGGGCCGGCCUCUUAGCGAACCCGAUACUACGAGUGGUACUCAGUAUCACCGUGCUUACUUCCAUCGCAUUUAUUUUGGGUUUCUUCGCUGAGACCAUCAUCCGCAUUGGGCUGGAUCCGAUGACUAUUGUGACGGACCAGCUCUUUGAAGACUCACGCAAUCGGCACCACCAAAGGCCUGCUAAUGAGCCCGUCAGCUGGUACGAGCACUUCGCGAAUGGAUUCGUGUCCAUCGGCGUGGUGGGCUUCUUGAAAGUCCUACUUAGUAACCCUUGGAACUGGAUCAAUGGUUUGCGUGGCGUGCCUACUGGCGGGCGGCAAGGUAGGACUGGACGAGAGCGAAUCACUGGUAUUACAUGGAUAGCGAUCAUGAUUGGAGUGAUUACAGUCCUUUAUGGCAUAUGGAAAGCCGUCCAAGCCUGGAGCAAACGAAUUCUACGUCGGGUCGAGCAGAAAGUUAUGGAUGUACAUGACGCUGACGAUGGAGACGAUGAAGACGACUAGCUCAAUUUAAAUCAUUAUCUACAGUGAGAUGAGGCAUACUCACAAACCUGAUCAGAGUGAACCGAACCGCACUACUUAAGUUGCCAUGCCCAUCUCUCCCAUGGCGUGCCGAUUAGUCAAUGUGCGAAGAUCAAACGCUACGUAAUUUGAGCCUACUUCGAACGUCUUGUUCGGACUGGCUUAAGCUACUCGCAGUUCCAGCUUAUUUUUAUUGACCUUGGCGCCGCUCUUCCACGAGCAAUGUUCGUUCGUCGAUGUGUUAAGGAGGCCUGGUACAUCUGAAUCAAAGAUUGUGCUUUUCGACGAGACCGAUAUGUAUCAUCUAGGAAUUAGAAUAUAAUGCGUGUUGUCUGACUUAUCAUAUGCUCAG